GCAGGGCUGCCAGCUUUUCCUCCUCUUUACUCCAUUAGCAGAGUGGUAGUGGUGGUGGCAGCAGAAAAAGUGUUUGUUCAGAAGAGGGUGAUGCUCUAGAAGACCAAGGCAAAAGCAAGCUGUGGCUCUGGCAGCCUGUAGUCCUGCCCCAAAGGGCCCAAAGCAAUGAAGGGCCCACUGGUACUCUGUGCCCUUUUGCUCAUCUGCCUGCUCUUCCAGGCUCAUUGCAAUGAGAGUGAUAUGGAAGGGAGGCCUGGAACAGCAACACAACCACCACCCCAGUAUCACACUUCCAGGGCUGAAAAUGACUAUGAGAAAUACAGCAAGCGGUCUAGAGGUUCUACGUGCGUGCGCUGCUGUGAUCCUCCUGAGGGUUUUGCAGCAUAUCCGAUGUACCAGCCUUUGCCUCAGAUCAACAUUACUAUCCUGAAAGGUGAGAAAGGAGACCGUGGUGAUCGUGGCCUCCAAGGAAAGUUGGGCAAGGCUGGUUCUGUAGGGAGAAAGGGCCAGAUGGGCCUCAAGGGAGAAAAAGGCAGCAUGGGAGCUCCAGGGGAGCGGUACAAGAGCAACUAUGCUGCCUUUUCAGUGGGCCGAAGGAAACCACUGCACAGCAAUGAUUAUUACCAGACACUCAUCUUUGACACCGAAUAUGUGAACCUCUACAGCCAUUUCAACAUGUUCAUGGGCAAGUUCUACUGCUAUGUGCCAGGUGUGUAUUUCUUCAGCCUCAACGUGCAUACCUGGAAUCAGAAGGAGACCUACCUUCACAUAAUGCAUAAUGGGGCAGAAGCAGCCAUCUUGUACGCACAGGCCAGUGACCGAAGCAUCAUGCAGAGCCAGAGCCUUAUGCUGGAGCUACAGGACCAGGAUGAAAUCUGGGUACGGCUCUUCAAGGGUGAGCGUGACAAUGCCGUUUUUAGUGAUGAAUACGAUACAUAUGUUACCUUCAGUGGAUACCUAGUUAAGCCUAGUUCUGAGCCAUGAAUCUGCAGGCAGAUGGACUAAAUACUAUUAAGAACUUUACCUUGCUCCAUACCUUUCUGUGUACUGUUUUGUAACACUACCUUUCUUGCCAGGAGCAGACUCUAGCUUUGAAGACACUUGUAGUACUUGGAUUUUUAUCAACAUCAAAUCAUGGCCUCAUUUUCCUUUGAAAAACAUUCUCAUUUACAUUCUCUGAUCUUCCUAUCCAGUCAUUCAACCAUUGGUUGCAUUACUUAUUACUUUGAUUACUAGGGCUGUCAAAGUGAAAACUGGAGACAUCUCCUGUUCUUUUAAUGAUUGUGUAGAAGAGGGAAUUUCAGCAGGUGGUGCUUGCUACCUAGUUGUUGACAUCCAAUGCUUGCUGAGAUGCCCUCUUGUAGACAAUCAUUAAAGGUAAAGGAGCCAUCUCCAGUUUUCAGUCUGGCAGCUCAAAAACUUGUUACUGUUAUUACAGUCCAGAAAAUAACUUGCUGAAUAUUUACCAUAAUUACUAAGACAUUACCAUUACUCAGUGGAGUCACAAUGGGGUGCGGGGAAUGCUGACCACACUGGGUGACACAGUUAGAGGAGUGACACUAAAAUGAUUUACAAUACAUCAACCCACUUCUUACGACCUGGGAGAACCUGGUCUACCCCUACCCAAGUGGGCCUGAUGUACUACCAUAACAUUGAUCUCAUAGCUGGGUACAACAUUCUGGCUGAAGCCUUUGGUCACAUAGAGCCAUUUAUCUUUGGAGUGGGGCAUGGCUGGGAACGCAGCAAUGGUGGCCCUGAAGAGGAUAAUGUUUUCUUUCUCCUCAGGGCCCCUGUUGCCUCCCUGACAGAGCCCCACUCACAAAGUAGUCCUGAAGUCAAGUGGCUCUACUUUCUUCUCUUCGGGGCUGCCACUAUCUCCCCAGCCAAGCCCCACUCACAAAUUUGCUCUGAAGUCAAAUGGCUCAAUGUCUAUCAGGCACUCAACCACAAGAUAAACAUUGAGGAGGUAGCGUGAUCUAACUACCUCUCUGGUGGGAAGAAGUGGUGUAGACUGGACCCACUUAUUUAUGUAUCUGCAUGUAGGCAUGACAAGGAUCUUCAUUUUAGUCAGUUGCAAUUGGGAGGGGGCACUGGAGAUGCCUAAGGCACACUAGGGCUGGGGAAGGGGGUGGACAAUAAGACAAAAUAUAUUGCAAAUCUGGGAUUUGGGGGUAGAUUUUUUUCAUGGGGGAAUAACACUGGGUGACACCAACCCUAGUGACACCACUGCUGUUACUACUGUACCAUUGAAAAAUACCAGAAAAUGCUCUCUGGGUUUUCCUACCUCUAAUCAUCACAAUUCUGAGUGGACUACCCUGUUAGAGCUGUCCCUCUCCAUUAAUCACACAGGCACAGCAUUGCAGACCAGUGGGUGUCAUGUGUAUUGUUCACAGGUACUUUGGGCAGGUGCAUUGAAGUAGUUGCUCAGUUUAUCUUCAUUUUUCAUCUCUCUCUCUCUCCUGAGGAAUUUCUCUGAAUCUCAUGCUUGAGCUGGUCUCUGUGUGCAGAUAAACACCCUUCCUCCUCUAAAUACUAUCUCAGAGCUCACAUCAAUUCAGUGGUCCAUGUGCACAUCCUGCAUCACUGUUUGGAGUAGUCAGCCUGGCAAGUCAGCCUCCCCAUCCGUACUCCAUGCACUCACAGUUUCUCUUUCUUUUUCUUGCAGAAGCAACCACCUCUUUCCUUAGGAUAGGAAAAAAGAGUAAAGGGCAGCUAACUUCUUAAUUUCCAACUAACCUGGAUCUCCAGUACAUCUCACCCUUACAGCGUGCAUUCUCCGUCUCUCUUUGUUGCUGAGUCUUCUACUCCUCACUAUAUGUACAACAUCCUACAAUUAAGGGUUACUUUUACUCUGAAAAAUAUGUUAAAGCAAUAUAGCUGUUCCUAUUACAAACAAAACAGUUACACUGUUCCAGCACACCAUUUCAAAUCUGCUUUCUCCCUAAUUCCCCUCUAUGCUAUCUAGAAAGACAUUAUGUAAAAAUUCUGCUUUUACCCAGUGCUCCCAAGACCUACUGAGGUUGGCAUCAGAGAGGCCUCUGGGUUGAUGUCUCUCCACUUUCUUCACCUUGUGCAGGAGGUUAACAAUCUGUUCUCACCCAGUCCUCCCAGCAGUCAGCAUAGUCACUAAUGGAGAGCCACCUAGUACCUUGAAGUGCCCCUUGAGAGAAAAGAGGUGAGUGGCUAGGGAGGGAAAAAUUGCCAGGGCCUGGACCUCUGGGAGCAUGUAUGGUGAAUAUAUACACUGCAUUUCAAAGAUACAAAUUUUGAUGUCUCAACAGACCAGAAGGUGGCUCCAAUAUCUUUCUAAUCUGAGCAUAACCAAGUCUUCUGUAACUUUGUAGGAAGAUUUAGUGAGAGUGCCCAAUCACCUAUCUUGCCUCAGUCCAGCUCUGAGGACUUGUCCAUACUAGGAACAAAAGUCCAAAUGGACUUCCUGACCUGUUCUGCCCCAGAGCCACCCUACUACCUGUUUCUUCACAGGGACAUCAAGUAGUUGUCUACAUGUGUCUGUGUAUCUGGAUGUGCUUUGGUCUACCACCACUGCCUUUUCUGUAGUUGCUUGAUCUGACAUCCGUAAUGAAAUACAAGAUCACAGUGGCACCGAGGAGGGAAAAUCUUUUUGUAACCAUUCCAGGCCAGGAAUCUGCCCUGCCUUCUCAACCCACCCCCUGAAUCCAGGGUGGAUCCAUUGUCCACUAGAGUUUCUUUCAAACUCUUCAGAAAACUAAGUUUUUAAACCCCAGGUUAAGAUGGUAUGCCACAAAAAUGGUGCAGAUAGGGCCCUACAUCAUGUGACCUUGUCACUCCAGAUUCAGGGAUAAUGUCGCAUAUGUGGCCUUAUCAUGCCAGAUUUGGGGCAGGAGUCCCUUGUGGGGACAAGCCCUUAGUGGCCUUGGCUCAGCAAAGAGUCUCUGGUAACAGCAAAGUUUCCCUUUUAUUCGUAGAGGGAUCACUGCUGUUAUGCCAGGUUUCUGCACACAAAUAGCAGGGUUUUCUUACUCCUGUCUUGAGGGGGUUGGCUUUCAGAUGUUGCAGUUGGGAAGCUAGGUUCCUGCUUCCCUCUAGCAGGCGAGAUUUACCAUGGGCUGGAUGAGGUCCAAAAAGAAUGGUCCCCCUCCUCCCUGAUGUACAUACCUACUCAUCUUGUAUAAUCGUCUUACUAAUUAUAGACCUCAAUAGUGCAUAACCCCCAUACCCUACUCACCAAGAUAGUCUGGAAACUAAAGGACUGCUUGCUGUAAUGGAGGAUUUUCCCAUCUUAUUGGAGAGAUGGGCCAUUAAAUGGCAAUUUACUUCAGAUGCUUCCUCUUCUGUUUAUGUCUCCUGUUUUGACCUGUGAGAUCCUAAUAGCCUAGCUCUAAUGGCAACUUUCACCAAGUACUAUCUCUCAUGAUUGGGAUUACCAGGACAGGGCUAUUCCAAGGCCUGAGAUUUAUGGGUCAAAACCUGAGGCCAAGGGACAACCUGGUUAUGACACAAGUGGCAGCCCCUAGUAAUGUCAGUAUGCAAGAUACACUAAACCAGGGGUAGGCAACCUGCGGCCCGCGGGCUGGAUGCGGCCCGGCGAGGCCUUGGGACCGGCCCCAGCACGG